AUGGAUGGGCUGUAUUUGUUUCUGGUCGUUCUCUUAGGAGUUGUUUCUUACAGCCAUGAUCAGGUCACUGGAUCAGUGUUGGAGGUGUCAGUCCGACCAGGAGACAACAUCACUCUGUACUGUGACUGCAAAAAAUCAUCUGGAGUUUACAUAGUGUGGUACAGGAACUGCUCUCAUGAGAAUCAGCCUCCGUUAAUCCUUAAAAUUACACGUGGUCAAGCUGAUUCUUUCCUGAAGAUGUUCCCUCGUUUUAUAUUUGUGGACAACACUUCCUCUAAUUCCUUUGACCUGCUGAUCAUGAACAUCACUGAAUCAGAUGAGGGGAUCUACUACUGUGGAACUGAACAUACAAAAGUGGAGGGAAAAGAUCAUAUUGCUCCCAAAUAUGAUUACAGCUAUGGCGACAUCACAACAAGGAUCAUACUCAACUUGAGUAAGACUGAUCACUGUCAGCCUUCCCGCCCAAGUACACAAGACUGUGGUGAGUGCUGGACACUGCUGUUUUAUCUGUGUCCAGUUUCUGCUGUUCUCUCCUCUCUCAUCUCCACUCUUGUGGCUUAUCAUCUCUGUAGAAAGAAAGGUAACUCAGUUUUUAAACUUGCAGUAUUAAUAUCAGGCACUUUCUCAAUAGUGAAUCCACAUAAUUUAUUAACCAUGAGGCUGUUUUUAUUUCUGCAGCUAAAGGCCCUCAAGUUGAGCAAAAACCUACAAGUAGACAUCAAACAGAUCAGGUUGAAGAUGUGUGUUAUGCUGCACUGGAAAUCCGUCAGCCAUCACAGAGACCAAAGAAGAAGAAGAGAAGGAGGUGUUCCUGGCACGUCCAACUGGGAGGAGACCUAG